AUGGAAAGUGACGAGGAGUUUCAUGACACAAUUGACUUACAUAUAAGGUGGUCAGACAGACAAGACUUGGUGCUUCAUGUUUCACCCGAAAGUACCAUACAUGAUAUAAAAGAAAAAAUCCGACAGUCUUCACCUACGAUAGAAAGAAAAUAUAUUCGAUUAAUUCAUAAUGGUCGAGUUUUGGAAGACUAUAAAUCUUUGAAAGAAUACGGAGUAGGGAAGAUAAUUCGAUCUGAUUCUAAAGCUAAACUAGAACCGCCUUCACCAGUCUAUUUUCACUGUUCCUUAUCCGAUUAUAAACCAACUAUACAAAAUUCACAGAACAAUUAUCCUCAAAUUAUACCACCUACUGGCUUUGACAGAUUAAGAGAAGCAGGAUUUUCAGAGGAAGAUAUUCAAAACUUCAGAACACAGUUUCACAGAUUUAAUGGCACUGCGUUGGAUGAAUUACCAACAGAAGAAGCAAGAAAUUUAGAAGAGCAGUGGAUGGACAACACAGGAGAAACUUUACCUGAUGGGAGUAAGUAUUCUCUAUAG